AUGCUCGCACGACCAGGAGGUACUCGAGUCUGUCCGGCCAUUGGUCGGCGCGUGCAGGCCUACUUGUCGGCGCUGGCCACCGAGACGAACGCGACGCUCGGAGCUGCGUGCGAUGCGAAGGAGGCGACCCCGUCGGUGGCUGGAUCGGAUGUGGGCAGUACGUGUCGAAAUGGUCGGUCGAUCAAUGGUGGCGAUAGGAUGAACGCGCUCGCGUUGCGUGUGGCAGCUCUCGGUGCCGUGCUGACCCGCUGCUACAUCCCAUCCACGGAUCCAACCAUGCUCGCACGACCAGGAGGUACUCGAGUCUGUCCGGCCAUUGGUCGGCGCGUGCAGGCCUACUUGUCGGCGCUGGCCACCGAGACGAACGCGACGCUCGGAGCUGCGUGCGAUGCGAAGGAGGCGACCCCGUCGGUGGCUGGAUCGGAUGUGGGCAGUACGUGUCGAAAUGGUCGGUCGAUCAAUGGUGGCGAUAGGAUGAACGCGCUCGCGUUGCGUGUGGCAGCUCUCGGUGCCGUGCUGACCCGCUGCUACAUCCCAUCCACGGAUCCAACCAUGCUCGCACGACAAGGAGGUACUCGAGUCUGUCCGGCCAUUGGUCGGCGCGUGCAGGCCUACUUGUCGGCGCUGGCCACCACGAACGCGACGCUCGGAGCUGCGUGCGAUGCGAAGGAGGCGACCCCGUCGGUGGCUGGAUCGGAUGUGGGCAGUACGUGUCGAAAUGGUCGGUCGAUCAAUGGUGGCGAUAGGAUGAACGCGCUCGCGUUGCGUGUGGCAGCUCUCGGUGCCGUGCUGACCCGCUGCUACAUCCCAUCCACGGAUCCAACCAUGCUCGCACGACCAGGAGGUACUCGAGUCUGUCCGGCCAUUGGUCGGCGCGUGCAGGCCUACUUGUCGGCGCUGGCCACCACGAACGCGACGCUCGGAGCUGCGUGCGAUGCGAAGGAGGCGACCCCGUCGGUGGCUGGAUCGGAUGUGGGCAGUACGUGUCGAAAUGGUCGGUCGAUCAAUGGUGGCGAUAGGAUGAACGCGCUCGCGUUGCGUGUGGCAGCUCUCGGUGCCGUGCUGACCCGCUGCUACAUCCCAUCCACGGAUCCAACCAUGCUCGCACGACCAGGAGGUACUCGAGUCUGUCCGGCCAUUGGUCGGCGCGUGCAGGCCUACUUGUCGGCGCUGGCCACCACGAACGCGACGCUCGGAGCUGCGUGCGAUGCGAAGGAGGCGACCCCGUCGGUGGCUGGAUCGGAUGUGGGCAGUACGUGUCGAAAUGGUCGGUCGAUCAAUGGUGGCGAUAGGAUGAACGCGCUCGCGUUGCGUGUGGCAGCUCUCGGUGCCGUGCUGACCCGCUGCUACAUCCCAUCCACGGAUCCAACCAUGCUCGCACGACCAGGAGGUACUCGAGUCUGUCCGGCCAUUGGUCGGCGCGUGCAGGCCUACUUGUCGGCGCUGGCCACCACGAACGCGACGCUCGGAGCUGCGUGCGAUGCGAAGGAGGCGACCCCGUCGGUGGCUGGAUCGGAUGUGGGCAGUACGUGUCGAAAUGGUCGGUCGAUCAAUGGUGGCGAUAGGAUGAACGCGCUCGCGUUGCGUGUGGCAGCUCUCGGUGCCGUGCUGACCCGCUGCUACAUCCCAUCCACGGAUCCAACCAUGCUCGCACGACCAGGAGGUACUCGAGUCUGUCCGGCCAUUGGUCGGCGCGUGCAGGCCUACUUGUCGGCGCUGGCCACCACGAACGCGACGCUCGGAGCUGCGUGCGAUGCGAAGGAGGCGACCCCGUCGGUGGCUGGAUCGGAUGUGGGCAGUACGUGUCGAAAUGGUCGGUCGAUCAAUGGUGGCGAUAGGAUGAACGCGCUCGCGUUGCGUGUGGCAGCUCUCGGUGCCGUGCUGACCCGCUGCUACAUCCCAUCCACGGAUCCAACCAUGCUCGCACGACCAGGAGGUACUCGAGUCUGUCCGGCCAUUGGUCGGCGCGUGCAGGCCUACUUGUCGGCGCUGGCCACCACGAACGCGACGCUCGGAGCUGCGUGCGAUGCGAAGGAGGCGACCCCGUCGGUGGCUGGAUCGGAUGUGGGCAGUACGUGUCGAAAUGGUCGGUCGAUCAAUGGUGGCGAUAGGAUGAACGCGCUCGCGUUGCGUGUGGCAGCUCUCGGUGCCGUGCUGACCCGCUGCUACAUCCCAUCCACGGAUCCAACCAUGCUCGCACGACCAGGAGGUACUCGAGUCUGUCCGGCCAUUGGUCGGCGCGUGCAGGCCUACUUGUCGGCGCUGGCCACCACGAACGCGACGCUCGGAGCUGCGUGCGAUGCGAAGGAGGCGACCCGAUCGGUGGCUGGAUCGGAUGUGGGCAGUACGUGUCGAAAUGGUCGGUCGAUCAAUGGUGGCGAUAGGAUGAACGCGCUCGCGUUGCGUGUGGCAGCUCUCGGUGCCGUGCUGACCCGCUGCUACAUCCCAUCCACGGAUCCAACCAUGCUCGCACGACCAGGAGGUACUCGAGUCUGUCCGGCCAUUGGUCGGCGCGUGCAGGCCUACUUGUCGGCGCUGGCGACCACGAAUGCGACGCUCGGAGCUGCGUGCAAUGCGAAGGAGGCGACCCCGUCGGUGGCUGGAUCGGAUCGUGCGUAG